GACCCCGGCCGCGGGGCGGCCGCCGGGCCCGAGACCCGCGAGCACCUCUUCAAGGUGCUGGUCAUCGGCGAGCUCGGCGUGGGCAAGACCAGCAUCAUCAAGCGCUACGUGCACCAGCUCUUCUCCCAGCACUACCGGGCCACCAUCGGGGUGGACUUCGCCCUCAAGGUGCUCCACUGGGACAGCAGGACGCUGGUGCGCCUGCAGCUGUGGGACAUCGCGGGGCAGGAGCGGUUUGGCAACAUGACCAGAGUAUACUACAAGGAAGCUGUUGGAGCUUUCGUAGUCUUUGAUUUAUCAAGAGGUUCCACGUUUGAGGCGGUCUUAAAAUGGAAGAGUGAUCUGGAUAGUAAAGUCCAUCUUCCGAAUGGCAGCCCUAUUCCCGCUGUCCUCUUGGCUAAUAAAUGUGACCAGAAAAAGGAUGGUGGCCAGAGUCCUCCCCAGAUGGACCAGUUCUGCAAAGAACAUGGCUUCAGUGGGUGGUUUGAAACCUCUGCGAAGGAUAACAUCAACAUCGACGAAGCAGCCCGGUUCCUAGUGGAGCAUAUUCUUGAGAACCACCAAAGCUUUCCCAGUGAAGAAAAUGAUGGGAGCAAAAUUAAACUGGGUGAAGGGACCCCGCCCGCAGAGAGCAAGUCCCAGUGUUGCUGACAUGGCUUCCUGCUUCUCGGGUGCAGAACACAGCCUGACUCGGUUCUCCGGUUUGCAGCAAAUUCCUGAGAAUGGAUUCAAGGUGGCGGUUGUGCCGCUCUGUGAAUCUUCCCAGGGCUGCGCUUUCAAAUGAAUGCUCUGGUUUGUCUUCAGAUCAGAUCAAUCUUUCGCCUUUUAAAAAGUGACAAUGGCAGCACGUCUGGGAGCCUAUGCUGAAAUGGGGUGUCUGGUGAGGUAGUCCUGCUGGUCGCUCCACACCUUAAGGCAGGAACACUUAGGCCUCUGUUGUUGCUUUGUAUUCAGGAUAAUGUACAUCCUUUUUAACAUCUUUUUAAAUGACGGUUCCUCAGGAUUUGGUAAGACUUCCAGGUUGUAGUGUUUGGUGGAAACACAGGGGUGGUAAUAAAACUUACCUGCAGUCUUACAGUAAUU